AUGAAGUUCACCGCCAUUGCCAUCGCCACCAUCGCCUCCAUGGCCGCUGCUACUCCCAUGGACACUACUACCAGCGGCUGCAAGCCCGGUACCUACUCUUGCACUCCCGACAAGACUGGCUGGCAGAUCUGCGAUGUCUCCGGCAAGUACGUGGCUGCUGGAGCUUGCCCUCCCAAGACUAGCUGCGUCUUCUACAAGAAGAGCGCCAGCCCCUACUGUGUCCCUCCCGGCUUCAAGUUCCCCCAGAACUAA